AUGCGCACCGAUAAGGCUCUGAAUAGUUCGGAUACGAUCGAAGUGGGACAGCGAGGUACGCACUUUGCCAGUAGCAAACAAUGUGGAUGUACCCCCAUGCAGUCGUUAGAUGUUAUCGCGAAAUCCGAACAUUACGCUCGAUCGUGUCACGCAUUCCGUCUAACAGUACUCCUCAAACAACAAUAUAAUAUCCGGCUUCUACCCAAAUACGUAUGUGAUCUGAUCCUAUUCAUUGACCGGACGUAG